AUGUUAAAAUACUUGGUGGUUUGCUUUCUGUUGGUGGCCCCACCUGCCUAUGUUGAGACUGCACCAUUACAUCGUGCAAGCCAAGCCUUACCUAACAGCUACAUUAUUAAACUCAAGGAUGGAGUGGAUGUCAGCUCCGUGAUUGGGGAAUUUACUCAAGACGCCACCGUGCGACGGAAUGGGGUUGUCAUUCAAGACACGUUCACGGGUGUUCUGAACGGCUUCACAGCCAAGUUAUCGGAGAAAUCUUUACAUCAUAUACUGGCUCUGGAGGAGGUUGAAUAUGUCUCUGAGAACGGAGUGAUUCCAUUGCCCAAGAUUUUUCCUUGUGCUCGUCAAGUUGGUCGGGUGGACCAGCAAGGCUCAGCAAGUCAAUGGGGUUUGGACCGAAUUGACCAGAGAAAUCUUCCCCUGGAUGGCCAAUACAAUCCACCAAAUCAUGGAGAGAAUGUGGAGAUUUGGGUGUUUGACUCCGGCAUUAGGGCUACCCAUCAGGAUUUUGCAGGAAGAUCGGUCACUAUCGCUUACGAUGUGAAUAACAAUAAUGGUAACGAUCCCUACGGUCACGGCACGUUGGUUACCUCUGUCGCGGCAGGCAAUCACUAUGGUGCGGCCAAUAAAGCCAACAUUGUCGUAGCUAAUGUGAUUGGUAACGCGUUAGGUACCUGGUCGGCUCUCAUCAAGGCGCUUGACAUCAUGUUUAACACAGCUACCAAGCCAGCAGUCGCUUCCAUCUCAUUAGGUCAAAGUGGCACACACAAGGUUCUUGAAGACGCCAUGACACGCACGAUGGAUAAAGGAUUCACGAUUGCGGUAGCAGCGGGAAAUGACAACGUUGACGCUUGCCAAGAUUUCCCAGCGAACUUCAAACGGGUCAUAACCGUUGGUGCGUCCACGAAAAGUGACACUCGCUGGUACGCCUCAAACCAUGGCAGCUGUGUCGAUAUUUUUGCCCCUGGGAAAGAUAUGAUUGGAGCAUAUAUUAGAAGUGAUUCUGAUGUAGAAACAGUCAGUGGCACGUCGGAAGCAACACCUCUUGUUUCAGGUGCAGUUGCUAUAUUGCUAUCAACGCAGAAGGAUUUGAACCACGAUCAAGUGAAAGCCAAACUUCUCAGCAAUGCCACUCCAAAUGUCCUCCAAGAACCUCUCCCAGGGGGCUCCCCUAACCUGUUGCUCUAUGUAGUGUAGAGAAUGACCUCCUUUAGCAACACACUAAUUCACAAGGAGUGUUUCAAGAAUACACACUAACAUUGAUGGGAAAUUAACUUUAAAAUGAUCCCUUGUGAUGAUUUCCAAUAUAGGUCUCGAUAAUGAUUAUCAUUGGAUAGAAGGAAGUCAAAUUGUCUCUCUGCAUUGAAGCUGAGAAAGUAAUUUAAAAAGAAAAGAAAGUAGUAUACAGUCGGUCAAAACAAUCAGUUUAAACCUAUGGAUUAUCCUUAAUGACCACUGACAAUAAAUCAGACCUUUGAUGAUACAUUCCGUUUGUUUUAUUCGUAGAUUUUAGGGGUUUUGCCCGAAGAGGCGCAACACAUUGAGUGCUGUGUAUAUGUUCGUGAAAAGGAUUCGUUGGUUGACUACGAAGCCAACAAACCCAAAUUCUUGUCUAAAAGCGUCUUGAGACUGCAGAUUCGCCGUCACAUUUGUUCAUGUAACUGUCCGGCACUUGUCUAAAGGAGCAGUUUGUAGGAACCCUAUUACGUAGGUCCAGUGGUGUAAA